AUGGCUCGUUUUCGCCGGGGACUUUGGCUGUCCUUGCUAAUUAGCUCUCUCUUAUUUCUCUCUCUCUAUCAAUUGCAUCCAACGGACGAAAAACUCUACUUAACCCUGGAUCCUUUCCUACCACCAGAAGUCUCUGAAAUCUUCCACCCGGGGGAUUAUGUCGACCCCGUCGGCCAUCCUGACAUUCACAUUCCAGUACGACCAAGUCCCCAACAUGAGCCGGAUGGCGAGGGAACUUUGCAUGAUGUGCCGGAAAAUGCCUUCUACCAAGGAGGAACGUUGUCUUUGACUACUCAUAUCGAUGGCAUGGGACACCCCGUUCCGGCUAUAUACGACCCAUAUCCUGCAUACAACACGCCAGAAUGGUACAAAACUUGGGCAGGGAACUUUCAAACUUGCAUAGGACCACGGGGAAGAGACCUCGAUCGCGGCAGCAGUGAGGAUAUGAUAUCGGUCUAUCGGGGAGUUCAAAAAGGUUUUCCUUCCCCGAUGUUUGGAUCCCAACGAGUUCUUAACAUUGACAGCGACGUGUGUGUGGAUCGGUACUCUCGGUAUGGAAUCUACGGACUGGAGGAAGACAACGAGGAGGCGAUCCCGGGAUUCCAAAGACCGGGUAGGGUUCUUUGGGAGGACAUCGAUUGGGGAUACCUUCAAUCACAGUGCUAUGAGCGGAACGCCGAUAGAUAUGAUCCAGAGCGGGGAGAUCAGCAUUACGGCCAGCACAGUCUCUCCAUAGACCAUCCAGACCCUUCGCAGCACAUGGGCAAGUCGAGAAAACCCGACUAUUUAUCAUACAAGUCACGUUCAGCUGUUGUUCUUCGUGCCUCGGAAAGCAUGAAAUGGACUGCUAGUCAUGCGCAGUACCUCCGCUCGCUGAUCAUGGAGCUCUCAUUGCACUCAGGAUCGGAAUAUAGUGUCUUCUUCAUGGUCGAUAUCCACAACCAGUCGAUUGAUCUGAAGGAUGACGAAACCAUCGAAGCACUAAAACAAGAACUCGUUCCUGCCGAGUUCCGCAAUAUGACUCUCUUCUUCAGCGAGCGUUUACUGGAAGAGUGGUAUCCCAAGAUGGAAGAACACUGUGCUAUCUACCAACAUCUCCAGGCAAUGCAGGUCUUCUCCCAGAUCUACAACGAAUUCGACUACUAUUGGCAAUUCGAAUUCGAUAACCGGAUCAUCGGCCACACCUACCACUUCCUCGAACAAGCCAUCAAUUUCGCCAAAAGCCAACCUCGAAGAUAUCUCUGGGAACGAAACGCCUAUUUCUACACCCCCGGUGUCCACGGGACCUGGAAAAAGUUCUCAAACAUGGUCACGCGCUCAAUGAAAAACAAGCAAAGCAUAUGGGGACCCGCGAGACACAAAGACAUAACACCAAUUGGCCCCAAACCCCCAGUCCCCAACCCCAAAGACGACAAUUUCAAAUGGGGAGUCGGCGAAGAAGCAGACCUAAUCACCUUCCUCCCAAUAUUCAACCCCCGCAACACAUCCUGGACAUUCCCAUGGAUGCUCUGGAACCUACCCCGAAACAUCCCCCGACGAACAUCCGUCAUCACACAAUGGCGUAUCUCAAAACAACUUCUCACAGCAAUGCACGAUGGCCAACACAACCAUGGACAAGCAUUUGCCUCGGAAAUGUCAGCUCCGUCUUGGGCACUGCUGCACGGACUCAAAGCCGUCCAUGUUCCGCAGCCGAUCUACGUGGAUGGGAAAUGGAGUCCGAGUGAGAUGGCGCGGAUCUUCAAUCGUGGCCCGCCGGAGAAUGUCAAUGGUGGACCCGAUAGUAUUUGGAAUUGGGAUCAUCGGUUUGAUUAUCUCUGGUAUCGGACUUCGUACAUGUUUGCGACGCAAACGGCGGAGGAUCUGUUUCGACGAUGGUUGGGGUUCCGGGCUGAGCCGGGGUUUUAUUUGAAUGGGACACGGCAUGAAUAUCGUCCUGGGAGGUAUUGGGAUGAAGGGGGUAGUUUGGAUGAAGAUUUAUAUGGCCGACUGUGCUUCCCUUUUAUGUUACUGCAUACUAUUAAGAAUACAGAGCUUGAAAAGACACUUAACCUGCCUGUCACGGACUCUGCAUUGCAAGAUGAGGCUGUUUAA